AAUAAGCACACCCUCAUUUCUUAGCUGUAUCUGACUUUUCGUAUUAUUUCAGGCUAUUUCAAUGCUUUCUUGGGUUUGGCGCACAACCCAAACCGCGACCUCCAUACCAACUUAACGAUUAGAAAGCACGAAAGCGUCUGCGCCACUUUGCCUUUCAACGAUUCUAAAUAUUAGUUCACUUACACAUUGCAUACCUGGUCCCCAUUGUCCCAAGAUGGCCAACCUAGGUCCCAAAAGAUUAACCAAGGAGCUUGCUAAGAUUUCAAAUAGCCUGCCACCUGGUAUCACCUUGGUAUCUGCGGACAACCUCGAAGAAUGGUUUCUUGAUAUCCAAGUCCUCGACCAAAACCCUAUCUAUGCCGGCCAGAUUUAUCGACUCAAGUUCAAGUUCGGAAAUCAGUAUCCUAUUGAACCUCCCGAGGUAACCUUCGUGAAGCUUGAUACCCGACCGAUACCUAUGCACCCUCAUAUUUACUCGAACGGGAUUAUAUGCCUCGACCUGUUAGGGACUCAAGGAUGGAGCCCAGUCCAGAAUGUAGAGAGUGUAUGCAUGAGCCUUCAGAGCAUGUUGACCGGAAACACCAAGAACGAGCGACCCCCUGGCGACGAGGAAUUUGUUCGCGGAAAUCGUCUACGUCCUAGAGACAUCGAUUUCUAUUAUCACGAUAACACCGUAUAGAAGUCAUGUAUCUAACGAGUUUGUACUUCCUAACAGGACUGCUACAUAGACGCAGCCCUAAACAUAGCAUUGCGUUAAGAGUUGAUACAUCUCGUUUCUAUUUGCAUAGCCAUUACAGAGGCUAGAAUUUCGAAGAAAACUGGAGUUGACCACCCAAGAACUUAGGUCAUUCGUUGUGGAACGCGGGAUUCUUUACGACUAGCAGCAACAGCAACAGCAACAGCAUGAGUCUGGUCUGGUGGGCAUUGCGCGAAUAGGCAGUAUGCGAUCAUCAGUUAAGAUGUCCGAAUAAUACUAAAUUUCCCGAUACUUUGUGCGUUUUCAUGCAAUUGAUAUCUAGGAGAGUAGAG